CCCCGCGGAUCCGCUGGCUAAAGCAAAGAGUCAAGCCGAAAACGUGGGAUGCCCUACCGGAAAUUCGACUGACUUGGUUCGGUGUCUUCGUGAGACUGAAGCGAGAUAUCUCGUGAUGAAGGAGGUUGAUAGUUGGCAGCCUGUGUUGGAAACAAAGACCGCAUCGAACCCAGAGCCUUUCCUUACGGAUUCUCCUCUAAAGCUGGUGCAGACUGGAGACUUUUACAAAGUACCUUGGAUGAUGGGUAGUACAUCUGAAGACGGAGCCUUUUUCGGAGCAGCCUUGAUAACUGACAACUCCAAAUUGAAGGAAUUCAAUGAACAUAUGGAUGUUGAUGGGCCGAAAGAAUUUUUCUUGGAUCUAAGUUUAAAUGAAAGUCUUAUUCCGGAAACCUGGAAUCGAAUACGCGACUUCUAUUUUGCAGACAAGAACACUGCUCAUCCAAAAGAACUUAUUAAGCUAUACACUGACCGGUAUGUAGUCCAUGCAGUCCACAAAGCGGCCGAACUUCAUACUAAAGCAGGCCACCAUCCGAUAUAUCGAUACAACUUUGCAUAUCGCGGCCAAUACUCAUAUGCAAAUCUGGUCGAAUUUAUGAUCAUCAGCAUGGACCUGGGCGUGGUUCAUCAGGACGACCUCAUCUAUUUGAUUCCGUUGCCAAUCUUUAAUUUGUGGCUUCCUGGCCAUCCGGAUCUUCACGUCAUAGAUACCAUGGUCACGCUCUGCGUAAAUUUUGCUACUUAUGGGAACCCCACUCCUUCCGGAGAAAACAGUACAGUGACAUGGCAGCCAAUUACUAACGGAAAACAUUCCUAUUUGAAUAUCGGCCACGACAUGUCACAGAGUGCCGGUUGGUAUGGCAUCCGACCUGUGAAGCUCAAGAUGGAGGAAUAUUUGUAUAAGGACCGCAUGGAAUUCUGGGAUUCGCUCCCCCUUGUGGAAAAUGUGUGAAAUUCUAGACGACGAGAGCUAAGUCACGCGAUUGGGCGUGUAUUAUUCUCUGCUGGUCACUUUGCACAAUCAC